AUGUGGAGGUACUUCCUAACUGUUAUCCUACUUGCUGCGAGCUCCUAUGGACAGAGCACCCCCAAGUCAGGGGAUGAGCUGGUGGCAACCGUUUUGGACAACUGCGUUGAGAUGGAUUGCGUGAAACAGAACGUGUUGGGAUACUUGGAUAACGUACUUCACAUCCAGAGUGAUGUUAGGAAUACAAAGAAUAUGGAUGCAGCCAUUUUGAAACGAGUUGCCAGAGUAUUUAAAACGAAUGAAUUUAGGUUCAAAGUACCUGAAGCACUGAUGGAAGGAACCCAAAUCGUUUACAAUCCUAAAUCAGGAUUGGAUAUCGAUAUGAAAGAAACUGAAAACGAAUCUCGUGGUCUUGGUUUGAAGAAGAAACUCCUCUUGCCCAUUUUGCUCCUGUUUAAAUUGAAGAUGAAAUUGUUGCAGCCCAUAUUCAAUGUCCUACUUUACCUUAAAGCAACCAAAGCUCUAAUUAUGAGCAAGUUGGCUAUUUUGAUAGUUAUUGGAUUCGUUGCCUACCAAUUGUUAGGAAAAUCAGGUAUGCCCAUGGCCAUGUCUAUGGCACCAGCUGAACCUCCCUCUCCUCUCUACGGGCCACCUUCUUCUCCACCACCACCGAUGAGCUCUUACGACCCCUCUUGGGAACCCAACAAUGGUGGCCCGUACCAGAGGAUGUACACUGUCUCCAGUGAUCCCCAAAGCCUUGCUUAUUCUGCAUACUUUCCAGGAUCUUCUGGAAGUUCAACGAAUCGUCCUUAAAGAUUUCGG